UCCCCCUUCACCUCCAGAGCAGUCCUUAUUCAUCGAAGCCAUUAAAUUGCAGAAAAUUUUCUAAAAUAAGUUGUUCGAACUUCGAAUUACCUCAAUCGUCUCUUUAGCCCUUGUUCGCCUUAGAAUCAUCAAAAUCCUUUCUUUUCUCCGUUUUGUACUCUUAAUUUGUUCCAAUUUUAUUUCCCAUUAUAAUUUAACCUUAUUUAUCUUCGCCAUCAUUCCCAGAUAUUUUUCUCUCUCCCUUUUUGCUUCACUUUUGAAGAAUAAAAUUAGCUGAAUCUCAUACGAAAAUCGUCCUCAUUUUUUUUCCGAUAAACUCGAAAAAGGAUGAUCUUUUCAAGGAUUGGCCGCUCCUUCUCGCGAUCUUCCCGUUCCAGGAAUUUGUUGUAUGGAGGUCGGAGACCGGCAACUCUGAAUGAGAACGAAGGCUUUUUGCGAGUGCCAGGCGCUGAUUCGUAUCUGGGCGGUCGUGGCCAUGGAGCCCUAGGGUUUCUGCGGGGUUAUGUUGCUUCAAUUGGAGCUUCGAAGUCUUCUGCUUCUCAUUUUCAUUACAUUCUCGCUAACCCUCAAUUUCGUAGGCUUUUCUCCAGUGAAGCCCCAAAGAAAAAGAAUUAUGAGAACUUCUAUCCCAAGGAAAAGAAGGAGAUCCCAAAGGGGGACGAGCAGAAAUCAGAGUCCAACUCCAAAGAUGACUCAAACACUGAUGAUCGUGGAAGUUUUCAGGAGGCUUUUAUGAAGCAGUUCCAAAAUUUGCUGACCCCUUUGUUAGUGAUUGGACUAUUCUUUUCCUCCUUUUCUUUUGGUCCUCGUGAACAGCAACAGAUUAGUUUUCAAGAGUUCAAGAACAAGCUUCUGGAACCAGGUUUAGUGGACCGUAUAGUUGUUUCCAAUAAAUCAGUUGCAAAAGUUUAUGUAAGGGAUUCCCCACGUGAUCAAGCAAGUGAUGUUGUUGUCCAAGGAACCAUUAAUGGUAGCCCUGUUCUUGGAAAUCAUGGACGAUACAAAUACUAUUUCAAUAUUGGAAGUGUUGAAUCCUUUGAGGAGAAGUUGGAGGAAGCCCAGGAAGCAUUGGGGAUAGACCCUCAUGAUUAUGUUCCUGUUACAUAUGUUUCUGAAAUGGUAUGGUACCAAGAAUUGAUGAGAUUAGCACCGACACUAUUGCUUUUGGGGUCCACCGUUUACUUCGUACGAAGAAUGCAAGGUGGACUAGGUGUUGGUGGUGGCGGUGGGAAGGGUGCUCGUGGAAUAUUCAACAUAGGAAAAGCUCAUGUCACAAAAUUUGACAAAAAUGCAAAAAAUAAGGUCUAUUUCAAAGAUGUAGCUGGUUGUGACGAGGCAAAGCAAGAGAUCAUGGAGUUUGUGCACUUCCUCAAGAACCCAAAGAAAUAUGAGGAAUUGGGAGCAAAAAUUCCUAAAGGAGCUCUGUUGGUAGGCCCUCCUGGAACAGGAAAGACCCUUCUAGCAAAAGCUACUGCAGGAGAAUCUGGUGUGCCAUUUCUUUCCAUAUCUGGUUCGGAUUUCAUGGAGAUGUUUGUUGGUGUUGGACCAUCCAGGGUUAGGAACUUAUUUCAGGAAGCAAGGCAGUGUGCUCCAAGUAUAGUAUUUAUUGAUGAGAUUGAUGCAAUUGGCAGAGCAAGGGGACGGGGAGGCUUCUCUGGUGCCAAUGAUGAGCGUGAAAGUACGUUAAAUCAGUUGUUGGUAGAAAUGGAUGGCUUUGGAACAACCUCUGGAGUGGUUGUGCUUGCUGGUACCAAUAGACCCGAUAUCCUGGACAAAGCUCUUUUGAGACCUGGUCGAUUUGAUCGCCAAAUUACAAUUGACAAACCUGAUAUUAAAGGUCGCGAUCAGAUUUUCCAAAUCUACCUGAAAAAGAUAAAACUUGAUCACAAGCCAUCAUAUUACUCCCAAAGGCUCGCAGCUCUCACACCUGGAUUUGCUGGAGCAGACAUUGCAAAUGUUUGUAAUGAAGCUGCUCUGAUUGCUGCGAGGAAUGAGAGUGCUCAAGUCACGAUGCAGCAUUUCGAGGCAGCAAUUGAUAGGAUUAUUGGUGGUUUGGAGAAGAAGAACAAGGUUAUAAGCAAGCUUGAACGCCGGACUGUUGCAUACCAUGAAUCAGGUCAUGCUGUUGUUGGUUGGUUCUUAGAACAUUCGGAGCCCUUGCUGAAAGUGACAAUUGUUCCUCGAGGCACGGCUGCACUUGGGUUUGCUCAGUACGUUCCUAAUGAGAACCUUCUUAUGACCAAGGAGCAACUUUUUGACAUGACAUGCAUGACCCUUGGUGGUAGGGCUGCUGAACAGGUUAUAUUGGGGAAAAUUUCUACCGGAGCACAGAACGACUUGGAGAAGGUGACCAAGAUGACCUAUGCUCAAGUAGCAGUGUAUGGCUUUAGUGACAAAGUGGGUCUCUUGUCUUUCCCUCAAAGGGAAGACACCUUUGAGAUGAUCAAGCCCUACAGUAGCAAAACUGCUGCUAUUAUCGACAACGAAGUCCGUGAAUGGGUGGGGAAAGCAUACGAACGCACGGUCCAACUCAUAGAGGAACAUAAAGAACAUGUGGCACAAAUUGCAGAAUUGUUGCUUGAGAAGGAAGUGCUUCACCAGGACGAUCUGCUUAAAGUUUUGGGUGAGCGUCCAUUUAAAUCCGUUGAAGUAACAAACUAUGAUAGGUUCAAGCAAGGCUUCCAAGAGGAAGAUGAGAAGCCUGUGGAGGUCCCUUUGAAUGAUGCAUCCGAGGAAGAAGAUGGGUCUUCACCUCUGGACCCCCAGGUCGUCCCAACUUGAUCAAUGGGGAUAUUUCUUUUUCUUUUUGUUUCGAUUGUACAUGAAAUAAGUUUUAUCACAGUUUUUUUUUUCCUCGGCCCUUUACUUAUUUUUAGUCCAACUGAUUUCCAUAUUUCUUGUCAGGACAAAUUUUGUAAUAUUUUCUUCCAAUCUCAUAAAUAUCAUCGCAACUUCGAAAAAUAACUGAAAUUGAAGUUCUGCUCAAUGUGACAUUUGAACUGAAAGACAGAAAAGUUCAUGUUUCAA